UGCCAGAAGGAUCACAACCUGACUCUAUCUAUUAAGUUUCCUAACGUGAUCCUGUCAAAAGCAAUUACUUACACAAAUAUUAAAUACGUCCACGCCGCUGAUUCAAAACAAUGAAAUGUCUUGUUUAAUUGCCUCAACAACAACACGUAGCACAACACGUAGCUUUAUGCAAACAAGUUGAGUGGUUUGAGGAAUUAAAUCGCACUGUUAUUACUAACACUAAUUACUAUACGCACAUCUUUCGCCAAACCUUCCGUUGAAUUUAUACAUGAAGGCUGCUCACAAAAUGUUGAGAGGAAAAUCUUUGUACAGCGAAGGCGUGCAAGAUGCGUAAUCGACUUAUUCUCUUUAGUCUUACAUAAGCAAUUCAGUAAGUAAACGAUCACACACUUUUUCCGUUUUUUCCUGAUGCAAAUGUAGGUGUGCGUAAUUCAGGUAAAGUAAAUAACUUAAGAUGCAAAUAUUCCAACCGAUUUAAUCCGGUUCACUUAUAGGGUGCUUGGCUGCUUAGAAAAGCAUAAAAACAAUAGAAUUUAUUUUCUAAGGAACUCGACAGUUUUACGCAAACAGUUGAGCACGGAAUGAUACUUCAGCAUUGCUGACACAGAUGUGGACAGGGUUAAGCCAGUGCUUAGUAGUUGCAGCACUUUAUAAUCGAUGUCCCUUAAGCGCGCGUUACCGCGAGAGAAGUACCUAUCUCUUCAGAGACAGCUACAAAGGAGUGGAGAGUUGUAUGAAGACAGAGAGUUCCCGCCAAAUUUCCGCAGCCUCUCCACCAAGACGAAGCCAUCUGUAAACCUGCAAUGGAAGAGACCAAAGGACAUCUGCAAAACACCCAAGUUCUUCACCACAAGAGUCAGACGGACAGACAUUGCUCAAGGACGAUUGCAGAACUGUUGGUUUGUGGCUGCGUUGGCAUCUUUGACAGACGCCGAGGAGUUGUUUGACGCAGUGUGUCCCCCCGAUCAAAGAUUCGAUGAACCCACUUACUGCGGAAUGUUCAGAUUUAACUUUUGGCGGUUCGGUGAAUGGGUGGAGGUUAUUAUUGAUGAUUUCCUUCCCACUCACAAUGGUAAGCUGUAUUACGCUUGUUCAGUUGAGGCGGAGGAAUUCUGGAUCCCGUUGUUAGAGAAGGCUUAUGCAAAAGUUUGUGGAUCCUACGAGGCCAUGGGCUUAGGACGAAUAAGUGAAGCUCUACAAGAUUUCACUGGAGGCCUUAUCGAGACGAUCAACUUACAAACGUCUCUACCUGAGGGCUCACUAGAUGUGAAUAAAGUUCUACAAAAGGCGCACGAGCGGAACUCGCUGAUGGGUGCCUCAGUAGAGACGAGUGCACAAACCAUUUCGGAAAGAUUACCAAAUGGACUUAUAACGGGACAUGCGUAUUCGAUAACAGGCUUUGCCAAGGUUAAUUUACCUACUUUGCGCGGACUGAAGCUAAUUCGUCUCCGCAAUCCUCAUGGCGAUAGCUCAGAAUGGGUGGGAGCUUGGAGUGACGGGUCUGAAGAGUGGUAUCAAUUAUCAUCCGAGGAAAGAAAAAGACUAAACCUUGUGUUUCUCGAUGACGGAGAAUUUUGGAUGACAGUGGAGGAUUUCCAGGUGAAUUUCACACGAAUAGACAUAUGCAUGCUUACCCCAGACAGUGUUUUGGAAAAGAACGAGAAAAAAUCAUGGAAAAUAAGACGAGUGAAAGGCCGGUGGCAGGCUGAUGCUACAGCUGGUGGCUGCAGGAACUUUAUUGAUACUUACCACAUCAAUCCUCAAAUAAGGAUUCAGUUACAAGACCCCGAUGAGGACGAUGACGAAGAUCGCUGUUCAAUUGUAGUUUCACUCAUGCGCAUUGAUCGAAAGAGAACACCAGCUAACGAAAGUCGACCUUCUAUUGGGUUCGCUAUCUAUAAGGUACCAGAAGACUUGCGCAACUCCAAGGAGCGUUUUGACAGGCGGUUUUUCGAGGCUACCAAGGCAACAGCCAUGACAAACUCCUUUACUAAGCUAAGAGAGAUCAGCUCUAGAUACUCACUGCCACCAGGAGAGUACGUCUUAGUCCCAUCCACGUUUCACCCACGACAAGAAGCUGAGUUCCUUUUAAGCAUAUGCUCGGAGAAACCGCAUGAGGCACGUGAAAUUGACGUGGAAACAAAAAUAGUGACUGUACCAAAGCCUUUAGUUUUGUCAGAGGAGGCCGUGGACAUCGACAAGCAGUUUUGGAAAACAUUUCAGAAAUUUUCAGGAGAGGAUGGAGAAAUUGAUCAAUAUGAACUACAGGAAAUCUUGAGCCUGGAGUUUGCCAAUUUGGUUAAUUCUACCUCGUUUAGUCUGGAAGCUUGUAGGUGAGAUUUCACUGUAAUCAGCUUAUAUUGAGCGCGAACACACACUGGCCAGUACUUGGUAGAUCAGUUCAUCAUCACCACCACCACCACCACCACCAUCAUCACCAUCACCACCACCAUCACCAUCACCAUCAC